AUGCUGGUUUUUAAGAGUUCCAUUUAAAAGAGGUAUCUUAUUGCAUUUUCUUGUCCUUCCAUUCCUUUUUUUGCAUUCUUUAGUCUCUCUCUCUCUCUCUCUCUCUCUCUCUCUCUCUCUCUCUCUCUCUCUCUCUCUCUCUCUCUCUCUCUCUCUCUCUCUCUUAUAUUCACUGCAUCUAUCAUGGUUGCAUAUUGUUUCUUUGUAUUUAUUUUUUUCUUUUUGUAUUGCAUUUUUUCUCAAUCACAACAGCCAGAGUAUCCCUUGAUAAUCAAUCCCAAGAGUUAUCUGCAAAAAUACCUCAAAGAACAGCUGGUCUAUUUAACACCUCACUGUCAAGAGGAGCUGCUGGUGUAUGACCACAAUGCUGUUUACAUUAUUGGUGGUGUAACGCUCCUUUUUAUUAUUUCUGUGUUUCUUUGAGUCUCCCCAAUAAUUGUUUUCUUUUGUAGCUUGCGGUGAAGAGGAGGAUAAUAGCGGUAAUUAAAGGUUUAGUGAUUAUAUGAAAAAGUAUAUUUAUAAGGCGUGUAUUCGUGGGGGUGAUUUAAAAGUCUUGAAACAUUUGUUAUAAAUAGUCUUUACUUAUUUCAACUGUGGUUUUCUCUAAUCAGUGGUAAUACGAAUAAUAGGAUUACAUCAUGUUGCGUCAGCCUACCAGUAACUCAUAAGGUGUCAUUCCCUAGCUUAUAAAAUAUGUUAGUAAUUUAGAAUUCAAUUAUUAACUUCAACUAAUGUCCAGCCUAUAUGCUCACCUUGCUAGCCAAUUAUUCCUGCAUUUUUAUUUAAACUCACGGUUCAGUAAAAUUAUUUGUGAAAGAAGAGAGAGAGAGAACUAGCUAAGGUUCCAAUAACUUCAGAGGCCUGGGGGUGUUGAGGAGGAGAGCACAGAAUGGCGUCUCCCUUCCCUCUGGCAACAGAUUAACCACUCGAUAACCACUCGGGGGGGCUGGCGUUACAGUGGCAUUGUUGACAAGUCCUCAGGAGAACCACUGACCCUCGCCAAGGCCAAGAGGGAGGGAGUCCGAAUGCAGAAACUUCCAUUGGAUAGGUAUUUGGCAUGGGGGAUUGGCAAUAAGUGCCUUACACUCAACCAGAUCAUUAAUAUCAUGUUGGACUUUAAGAUGACAGAAGUUCAAGAAACCACUAGUGGUCAUCAAAAGUGGUGAUAGUCAAUCUGGUUCCUUACUGCAUCCCAAAGUGCAUAAAUUGUUUUGAAGGGGAGCAGUCACAUACUAAGAGUGGGAGGGCUCAGCCAUACCAUAAAUCAACCCAUUGGUGAUGUGACUGUGUCGUCUGCUUUGGGUGGGAAUGGAGAGGCCACCUAAAUUCCACAUCUAGUCUUUUGCUUCACUGCUUCUGUCUAACAUCUAACAAGAACACUCAACUUUCUCUUCAACCUCAACAACUGGUGACCCCUGGACAAGAAACUACUCUUCAGCAAUGGAAGAAGAUACCAAGCCCAGCAAUGCAAAACCAACCGUUUCCACCGUCACAGUGAAGCUGUCACCAUUCUGCGCCAGUGAGGCUGCAUCAUGGUUUCGGCGAGCAGAAGUUCAGUUCCGACUGAGGAAAGUUACAAGCCCUCAAACCAAGGCCGACUAUGUACUGGAAGCCAUCCCUGAGACAAUUUUUCCUCGCAUCACAGCAUGGCUGGACAACCAGGACAAAGAUGUCAUCGACGACCUCAAGCAGUAUCUCCUUCAAAGAGUUCACGAUCUCCGUCAGCGCCUGGCUCCGACGUCUUCUAAAUCUUCGUCUAACACCUCUGGGAGACACCACAGCACAUGCAGCAUGGAAUGAGAUGCAAGCUCUAGCUACACUACUUGAACAUGACUCUACUACUGGCAAACCACAGCGGGUAGACUUGCUGUGGGAGCUGUGGCUGCAACGUCUUCCCUCAUCUGUGAGAGCUGCCCUACACGAAGCUGAUGACUGCCCCGUGGAAGAGCUCAUAAAUAAGGUGGACAAUCUUAUCAAUACCGCAAAAGCGUCCUGUGCCCCCGACACUAUCUGCCCUGCCUUAGUUGACAACCUGCCCAACACCAAUGCUGCCAGGCCACCUGUUUGCAAGUGGCUGCCCGACAACCAGACGUGCAACUGCAAACCAGGAGUUUCCAGCCAACAUGGACAGCAUGGACUGUGCUACUACCAUCACAAAUUCGGAGCUGGAGCUUGCAAAUGCACCCCAGGUUGCCAGUGGCCAAAAAACUGUUAAUGAGGCCACCACUGACCACAGCAGUGGCCUCUUCGGACCCCAAGCCUGGGAAUAUCAAUGCGCUUGCUUUACCAGCCUCUGGUUUCUUCAUCACAGACAUCUUAUCUGGCCGUAAGUUUCUGGUGGACACAGGCACUUUUUGUUUCCUGUUUCCAGUCACAGCAGAGGACAGAAACUGCCCUUUGACACACUGAUUAGACAUCAAGCUCAUCGCAGCCAAUGGAAGUACAAUUCCCACCUACAGCACCCGCACCAUCCCUAUCCAAGCAGCCGAACGCAGCUUUUCUUGGGAUUUCGUCAUCGCUGAUGUCAAGACGCCUCUCCUAGGAGUGGAUUUCCUGAGUCAUUAUGGAUUGCUCAUUGAUGUUGCCAACCAUAAAUUGCUGGAUGUAGCAACAUUCCGCUCAGCUCCUCUUGGCUCCCACUGCCGACACACAGAAAUCUGUUCAUUGAGAAUAGAUAUCCUUUACGACAUGCUCAGACAAGAAUUCCCUGAAGUAUUCCGCCUAGAACUCCAUCAGCAGCAUGGUUACUCAUCAAAACAUGGAAUUUUCCACUACAUCAAAACAACGGACCCCCCCAGUUCAUUCCAAGUUUAGACAGCUAUCCCCUGAAAAACUUCAAGCAGAAAAACAAGCUUAAGCCGACAUGGAACAAAUGGGCAUAUGUCAGAAAGCCUCAAGUCCAUGGGCAUCUCCUCUUCACCUCGUCAAGACAGCUGAUGGCACCUGGCAGCCCUGUAGCGACACUACAGGCAACUUAAUCUUUUUACAGAACCAGAUCACUGGCAAUUCCCAACAUGGCAGACCUUAUCUCCAAUCGACAUGGGGCCAAGAUUUUCUCCAAGCUUGAUCUCCUGAAAGGGUAUUUUCAAGUUCCAGUUUACCUCAAAGACAUACCCAAGACAGCAGUCAUCACACCCUUUGGGACUUGCACAUUCAAUUACUCCACUUUUGGUCUUCGAAAUUCAGGGGCAACCUUCCAGCACCUAAUAGAUGGCAUCCUCAGAGACCUUCCCUUCUGCACCUGCUAUGUGGACAACAUACUGAUCUUCUCCAAGAACUCAGAGGAACAUCUCCAACAUCUCCGAACUGUUCUGCAGCAACUACAGGACAACGGCCUGUUUGUGCAUCAGAACAAAUGCCAGUUUGGCGCUACAUCAGUGGAAUUCCUUGGACACCAGAUAUCAUCCACCAGUGUCUCCCCCCUUUUGGGUAAGGUGCAUGCUGUUUCAAAAUUUCCUUGUCCCACCACCAUCAAAGGACUCCAAGAAUUCAUCGGUAUAGUAAACUACUACCAUUGCUUCCUGCCGAACAUUGCCCAGAUCAUGGAACUGCUCUACAGUUCUCUCGUUGGCAAACCAAAAGAGCUGGAAUGGGGACCAAAACAGGAAUGAGCCUUCAAGGACACAAAGGCCGCCCUCACCUCAGCUACAACUCUUUCCUUCCUGUGCCCCAGCACUCCUCUUACACUGACCACAGAUGCGAGUUCUGUUGCUGUUGGAGCAGUCAUCGAGCAGACCAUCAAGGGUACGACACAACCACUGGGAUUCUUCAGCUGGGAACUCCGGCAAGCAGAAACAAGAUAUAGCACAUUCGACCAUGAACUACUGGCUGUCUACCUCGCUGUUCACCACUUCAAACACCUCCUAGAAGGAAUCCCGUUCACCAUUUGUACGGACCAUCGCAUACUGGUUCAUGCUUUCUCCAAACAGGGUGAUGCUUGGUCAGACCAACAAUGGCCAGCACCUCUCCAGCAUUGCUGAGUUCAAUUGCACCAUUGAAUACACCCCAGGAAAGAUGAAUCUGGUGGCCAAUGCCCUCUCAAGAGUGGAAAUAAACUCAGUCUACCUCGGAAUAUGAAGAGAUAGCAACUGCUCAAGAGAAUGACCCUGAGACUGCAGCCUACCGCACUGACAUAACGAGUCUGCGAUGGGAGGAUGUUGCCUUCGGAGACAGGGGCCAUACCAUCCUCUGUGAUGUUAGCACCGGUUGUCUGCGACUUCUCAUCCCGGAGCCCCAACACAGCAAAAUCUUCAAUGUUGUCCAUGGUUUGCCACACCUAUCUGGAUACUCAACUGCCCAUCUCAUAAAGGAAAAAUUCAUUUGGCACGGAAUGAAUAAGGACAUAAGGCAAUGGGCCCAAUGCUGCAUUACCUGCCAGACAAGUAAAGUUGGCUGCCACACUGAGUUGGGGAUAGGAGACUUCCACCAGCCCAAGUGUCAUUUUGGACAUUCAUGUCAACAUGGGUGGCCCCCUUCCACCAUCAGAUGCCUCACAGUACCUCUUCACCACUACAGAGUGUUCCACACACUGGCCAAAAGCAAUACCCAUGACAAAUGCUACCGCACGAGAUUGCGCUGAGGCUCUCUUACAUGGAUGGAUCAGCUGCUUUGGUGUUCCAGACGACAUUACUUCUGACUGGGGCCAUGCCUUCAUCUCUCAGCUGUGGACGUCCCUGGGAGAGUUGAUGGGGACAAACAUCCAUUGCACCACGGCCUACAAUCCAGCAACCAACAGCAUGGUGGAGCGGACCUACCGCACCCUAAAAGCUGUGCUGAUGGCACACUGUACCUGACCAGAUUGGAAGGCCCAACUACCCUGGGUCCUCCUUGGGAUGCGGUCAUCACUGAAGGAGGGACUGCAUGUUUCCCCAGCCGAGAUGGUUUUUGGAGAAGCUCUUGUUGUUCCAGGAGAAUUCUGUCCAUCAUCCAAUACAGCCGUUGAUGACAACAAUCUCACCAGACUACGGCACACCGUGGGGAAGUACCAGUCAUGUGUCCAAACACACAAGACAUCGCCUCCAUGAUACUUCCCCAAAUCACUAAACUCCUUUAAGUACGUCUUCGUAAGGUACAACGCUUACAAACCACCCCUCACUUGCCCUUACUGGGGACCCUACUCCACCCUAGAAUGUAACUCCGUAGGCAUUUUGCAUCAGUAUAGCCAGAGGCAGUGACUGGGUGUCAAUCAACCACUUAAAACCUGCCUACCUUGAGGAAGAGGAUUCCAUGCCUAUAUUGCCACUUGUUGACAACCCAACUUCUACCUCACACCACCUGAGUGCAUGUCCUCCUGCACCAUCCCCUAAAGAUGGACCUUGCCCCACCUCGUCCCGCACUGGACAGCUCAUCCAACAGCCUGACCGUCUUGACCUCUGACCAGGCAAGGACUCUCUUGUUGGGGGAGUAUUUGUAAUGCUGUUUUAAGUCAUCCCUUCAGUACAGCAUCCUCGAAGAGAACAGAACAGUUUGGCAGUGACUAAAAACAAACUCACAAAAUCUCAUUAAUAUGCUUUUUCCUUGAUAGUUAAUUGUCCACUCAUCCCAUUCAAGUUUUACCUUUAUAUUCUAGAUUUUUUUGUUUUGUAUUUCAUUACAGUCAUUACCCAUAUUAUUCACUCACUGCAUUAUUUGCAUAGGUUUCAAGAUUUGUAUAUUUAUAUUUGGUAUUUGUUACAUAUGCUCAAGGUGCGAAUAAACCUCGUCCAACCGGAA